CCUAGAAAUCAUAAGGAGGGGUUGCACGCCAUUACACUACGAAGUGGGACUGUGACUUUGGAUGCACCGCAGAAGAGUGCCAAGAAGGUGACCCAGAUCACCCCUGAGCCGGAAGAAGACCUGGUGAUGUAAAAGGAGCCAGAGGAUCAAGCUCCAAAGCCACAACCUGUAGUGGCCGAAUACAAGCCUAAGCUCCUUUUUUCCACCAGGAUUUACAAAGACAGAAUGGAGGCAGAGUUCGGAAACUUCUCGUCCAUGCUUAGGAAGUUGCAUGUUCAAGUGCCCUUCAUGGAGGCACUAUCUCUGAUGCCUAAGUAUGCGAAGUUCCUGAAGGAGCUUCUCUCGAAGAAGCAAAGGCUGAGCGAGCUAGCCAUUGUGGAGCUCAGCGAGGAGUGCUCGGUCGUUCUGCAGAACAAGCUUCCGCAGAAGCAGAAGGACCCAGGUAGUUUUACUAUCCCGUGCUCCAUAGGUAAAUUGCAUGUAGAGAGGUCCUUGGCUGAUCUAGGUGCUAGUAUUAAUGUGAUACCAUAUAAAUUGUUCAAGAAACUAGGACUAAGUGAACCCAGUGCAACUAGGAUGAGUAUUCAACUAGCUGGCCGAUCUAUAGUUCAUCCCAGGGGCAUAGUGGAAGACCUUCUGGUUAAGGUUGGCAGAUUCUUUUAUCCUGUGGAUUUUGUUGUAUUGGACAUCAAUGAAGACACAGAAGUGCCCCUUAUACUAGGAAGGCCUUUCCUGGCCACCGCCAAGGCUCUCAUAUAUGUACAUGAUGGGACCUUAGUCUUGAAGGAUGGAGAGGAGCGAAUAACAUUUACCAUUGCUAAUACUCUCCCUGCUUCAUCGCCCUUGCAUGCUGUUUCUCACCAGGAGCACGAGUCUGUCGUGUAUCCUUCUGUGCUUCCCAUUUUGCAGGAUCCCCCUCCCAUACCUUCGCCGCCACUCCCGUCCACUCCGUCACCAAAGGAAAAGAUCAGGGUGGAGUGGCGGCCAAAACUGCACGCAGCUAAGCCUGCUCACAAGAAAGCAGGAGACCACUAUGAGUUGGUCCCGCCUCCUGAGCCUCGACUACCUUGGCCAUCCGAGUAUUCACUCGCUUGCAUCCUGCCGGAUGGCCGGGUUGAGUUGACGAGUGCUGGUGGUCACACCCAUCAUGUGCAUGGCCACCAUCUGAAGCUGUACCUCAAGAGCGACGUGGAUCCUCUCUUGGAGGCAGUUGUUCCUUCACCUCUCUGAGUAUCCACCCUACUAGCGUUCAGCUAAAAGACGGUAAAGAAGCGCUUGUGGGGAGGCAAUCCCACCAAGGUUUGUUUUUUCUUCGUUUGUUUUCGGUUUGUCCACUUGGAACUAUAGUUUCUAUCACCCAGUGUGUUUUGAUGACUCUAGACCUACUGACUGGUCCCAUUUCCAACUCCCCGACAUUCCGUAUUCCCGGUAACAUCGUUCCCCCUUAUCUUUCCCUUGCUCCAUUGAGGGCAAUGUCGUGCUUAAGUGUGUGUGUGUGGGGUGGGGGGGGGUGUUUAUCUAUUUUUGACUGCUAGAUGAGUUUGUGUGCUUGGAGCCUAGUCCACUGUCCAAUUUGAUGAAUUGAGGGCUCCAAGUACUAUUCCCUGCAAAAUCUUGCUCAAUAUGCUUUGAAUUGACAGUCUUUAUGGUGAUAUGCAACCUAGGGAGGUAGUUGUAGCACUAUGGAGGAUGUUGAAGUAUAAGAUUUUUCCUAUCGGUCUCUCUGCUGUGCCAGUUGAUUUUGUGAACUAGUGGAUUUAGGACCGUUGAUUCAUGUGGUAUUUCAGGUCCUAGUACGUGAAUGAAGGUUUAGGAACGAU